AUGAAGAACGGGGAGAGCACUCGUAAAAGGUUGAAGAUUUCGGUUCCUCAUUUUGACAAUUCAGCCCUUAUCAAGAGUUAUUCCAAAACUCUGAUUGGGAGAGGCAUGAAUCCGGAGGAGAAAGACAUGAAGGCUCUGAUUGUGAUGUUUCAAAAGAUUUGGAAAAUGGAGGAUAGGGUUUUUGGUAUAGACUUGGUACUUGGAAAGUUUCAGUUUGAUUUCGAGAAGGAGGAAGACAUUGAAGCGGUCAUGAAGUUGCAGCCGUUCCAGUUCAAUUACUGGAUGCUUUCUUUGGCACGUUGGCGACCGAACCAGGCUCAGUUUUAUUCAUCGGACAUAACGUUUUGGAUCCGAGUGUUAGGCGUAUCUCUGGAAUUCAGGACGGCUCCAGCGUUUGAAAGUAUUGGUGAUGCCAUUGGAAGGACGGUUACAGUGGAUUUGGAUCAUUGUAGAAUGCAUGUGGUGGUGGAUGGCUUCAAAGAACUAUGUUUCGAAACAACAGUGGACUUCACGGGUUGA